ACCUGGCCAGCUCCACCGCGCAGCAGUUCAAAGACGCCUCUCCUCUCUUCAGUUUCCAGCCAUGGCCGCCUCUCUUUCCUUCUCCAUCUCCUCUUCUUCUCAUCGCUCUCUCAUUUCCUUCAAAUCUCCUCUCAAACUCAAUAUUCCCAGAUUUGUCCCUCUACUCCUUCGAAAUCAUGUCCCUCGAAUCUCCUCUUCCAUGAGCAUCGAAGCCCCUCAGAAGAUCUCAGAAGAAUCGUUCUUAGAUCGAAAGGAAAGCGGCUUUCUCCAUUUCGUCAAAUACCACGGCCUUGGAAACGAUUUCAUCUUGGUUGAUAAUCGUGAUUCGUUGGAGCCUAGGGUGACGCCGGAGCAGGCGGUGAAGCUAUGUGAUCGGAAUUUCGGAGUGGGUGCCGAUGGUGUGAUUUUCGCAAUGCCUGGAGUCAAUGACACUGAUUACUCUAUGAGGAUUUUCAACUCGGAUGGUAGCGAGCCUGAGAUGUGUGGUAACGGAGUACGUUGCUUUGCUCGGUUCAUUGCAGAGCUUGAAAAUUUGCAUGGAAAGAAAAGUUUUACCAUUCACACUGGAGCUGGUCUAAUUGUUCCUGAAAUUCAAAGUGAUGGGAAGGUUAGAGUUGAUAUGGGCCAACCGGUACUUAAACCAUCAGAUGUACCUACCGAACUACCAGCAAAUAAAAAUGGGGCUGUUAUUGGAGCAGAACUAGUAGUCGACAAUGUUCCAUGGAACGUGACAUGUGUCAGCAUGGGAAAUCCUCAUUGUGUUACGUUUGCAACAAAAGAAAGCGCGGCUUUGCAGGUUGCUGACUUGAAGUUGGGAGAUAUCGGUCCAAAAUUCGAACACCACAAAGUGUUUCCUUCUCGAACUAACACAGAAUUUGUGCAAGUUUUCUCUCGUUCGCACCUGAAAAUGCGUGUUUGGGAGCGUGGUGCAGGAGCAACGCUAGCCUGUGGGACUGGGGCUUGCGCAGUGGUGGUUGCAGCGGUUCUCGAGGAUCGUUCUGAGAGGAAAUGCACUGUUGAUUUACCUGGGGGCCCAUUGGAAAUUGAGUGGCAGGAGGAAGACAAUCAUGUUUACAUGACAGGGCCCGCAGAGGUAGUGUUCUAUGGAUCUGUUCCCCUUUGAUUCAUUGAUCAAUGGGAUGGCUCUCAAAGAUGUUUAGUGAGAAAGGGACAUCCAUUGCACUGGAAUUUUGUAGAUUAUCUCUAGCUCCUCUGUUUUUUAGCGCCUGUAUGUACUGCUUUGCACAUUCCACUAUUUAUAUAGGAAUUAUUGGUCA